UGGAAGAUGGCAGCGAACCUGAGCCGAGCUGCUGGGCUCAUCUACCUGAUGUCUGUCUGAGGUGUGUCGUCCAUCGGUUAGAUGACAGCGACAGGUCUCAGGCUGCCUUGGUCUGUAUAAAAUGGAGUGAAGUCAUGUACUCUGAAACUCCAAUGUGUGUGCCCUUGAUGGUCGGCUAUAGAAUGUGAUGGUUCUGCUCCUCCACAGAGAGUCAAAGUGCAUUGUGCUAUGCCAAGAAAUUUGGCAAGUAUUUGGAGCACCUUGAGAUCAAGUUAUCAAAUCCUUGCAAUAUUGCCUUUACCCAAAGAUUUCAAGUGACUAUGAAAGAGCUUCUUUCACAUCGUAACAGUCGCCUACUAUCCCUGAGCAUCGAGUACCUGGAAUUAGACCACUAUUUCUGGAAAGAUGUGGUCAGGGCUUGGUUUAUCAAGAACUUGGCUACCUUCCUGAAAAGAGUGAACAAACACCUUGAUUAUCUCAACUUAAAAGGGGCAAGAGUAGAAGGCUGUGAGCUUCUGAAUUCUCUGAGCUGCCUGAAAAAUAAAAGCUUUAUGUCUAAAAUCAAUAUUGAGGAUUUCUUCAGUUUCCACCUUCUUCUCUACUUGUUCCACCAAACUAUGUCCAAGUUCCACAGCCUGGUCAUCCUGACUUUCAGUUAUAACUGCAUCUCUGAUGAACUGCUGGACAUCCUGCUAAGCAAUGUAAUUGCUGCCUUCAGCAUAGCAGCAGUCAUCAUUAGGAAUUCCUGA